UAGGUUAUAAAAGCGAACGACAAAACGCGAUCGCGUCAUUAAGUAAAUCAGACGUUGCCGAGAGAGUAUUGAAGUUUCGAGUGACAUCCAACGCAAUUUCCAAGCCAUUUUUCUGAGAUUUUUCAUUAUAAUAGUGUGAAUUGUGUGAAAAAUAAGCCAAGAUGCCUGAAGAAGUCAGUGAGGUCGAGACCUUCGCCUUCCAGGCCGAAAUUGCACAGCUGAUGAGUUUGAUCAUCAACACCUUCUACUCAAACAAGGAAAUCUUCCUCCGUGAAUUGAUCUCCAACUCAUCAGAUGCCUUGGACAAGAUCCGUUACCAAUCUCUCACCAACCCCUCCUGCCUGGACAACGGCAAGGACUUGCACAUCAAAAUCAUCCCCAACAAAAGCGAAGGCACCCUCACCCUCAUUGAUACCGGAAUCGGUAUGACCAAAGCUGAUCUGGUCAACAAUUUGGGAACCAUCGCCAAGUCUGGUACCAAGGCUUUCAUGGAGGCAUUGCAAGCUGGCGCAGACAUCAGCAUGAUUGGACAGUUUGGAGUAGGUUUCUACUCUGCCUAUUUGGUCGCUGAUAAAGUCACUGUUGUGUCCAAGCACAACGAUGAUGAACAAUACAUCUGGGAGUCUUCAGCUGGAGGCAGCUUCACCAUCCGUUUGGAUCACGGAGAACCGAUCGGUAGAGGCACCAAGAUCAUCCUCCACAUCAAAGAAGACCAAACUGAAUUCCUGGAGGAGAACAAAGUCAAGGAAAUCGUCAAGAAGCAUUCGCAGUUCAUCGGCUACCCAAUCAAAAUGCUGGUGGAGAAAGAACGCGAGAAGGAGUUGAGCGACGACGAAGCUGAAGAGGAAAAGAAAGAGGGCGAGGAAGAAGACAAAGACAAACCGAAGAUUGAAGACGUUGGCGAGGACGAGGAUGAAGACAAGAAGGAGGAGAAACCUAAGAAGAAGAAGACCAUCAAGGAGAAGUACACGGAAGACGAGGAGCUGAACAAAACCAAGCCAAUUUGGACCCGAAACGCUGACGACAUCAGUCAAGAAGAAUACGGAGAAUUCUACAAAUCCUUGACCAACGAUUGGGAGGAUCACCUAGCUGUGAAGCACUUCAGCGUGGAGGGUCAACUAGAAUUCCGCGCCCUCCUCUUUGUCCCCAGAAGAAUUCCCUUUGACCUCUUUGAGAGCAAGAAGCGCAAGAACAACAUCAAGCUCUACGUCAGAAGGGUCUUCAUCAUGGACAACUGCGAGGAUCUCAUCCCCGAGUACCUCAACUUCAUCAAGGGAGUCGUCGACUCUGAAGAUUUGCCGCUCAACAUCUCCAGAGAAAUGUUGCAGCAAAACAAGAUCUUGAAGGUCAUCCGCAAGAACUUGGUGAAGAAGUGCCUGGAGCUGUUUGAGGAGCUGUCUGAAGACAAGGACGGUUUCAAGAAGUUCUACGAGCAGUUCUCCAAGAACUUGAAGCUGGGAAUUCACGAGGAUAGCGCCAACAGAGCCAAGCUGGCCGAUUUGCUGCGUUACCACACUUCGGCUAGCGGAGACGAAGCUUGCUCUCUCAAAGACUAUGUCAGUCGCAUGAAGGAGAACCAGAAGCACAUUUACUACAUCACCGGAGAGAGCAAAGACCAAGUCGCUCACUCUGCUUUCGUGGAGCGUGUCAAGAAGCGCGGUUUCGAAGUGGUUUACAUGACCGAACCCAUCGACGAAUAUGUCGUGCAGCAACUCAAAGAGUACGAUGGCAAAACUUUGGUGUCAGUCACCAAGGAAGGUCUCGAAUUGCCCGAAGACGACGAGGCCAAGAAGAAGUUCGAGGAGGACAAGACCAAGUUUGAGGGACUUUGCAAAGUGAUGAAGAGCAUCUUGGACGCCAAAGUGGAGAAAGUCGUUGUUUCCAAUCGGCUGGUGGAGUCGCCUUGCUGCAUAGUCACUUCUCAAUACGGUUGGACGGCCAACAUGGAGAGGAUCAUGAAGGCGCAGGCGCUCAGGGACACCUCCACCAUGGGGUACAUGGCUGCCAAGAAGCAUCUGGAGAUCAACCCGGAUCAUUCCAUUGUGGAGAACUUGAGACAGAAAGUGGAGGUUGAUAAGAAUGACAAGGCUGUCAAGGAUUUGGUCAUCUUGUUGUUUGAGACUGCCCUUUUGAGUUCCGGCUUCACUUUGGACGAGCCGCAGGUGCACGCUUCGAGGAUCUACAGGAUGAUCAAGCUGGGCUUGGGCAUCGACGAGGAGGAGUCUAUGUUGACGGAGGAGGCGCCCUCUUCCGGGGAUGCUCCUGCUGCUGAGGCUGGGGAUUCUGAGGAUGCUUCUCGCAUGGAGGAGGUGGAUUAAGUUGGCCUGGUUUAUUGGGAGCAUGUGUUUUAAUGUGUUCUCUGCUGCUGCUGGAGAGAGUUGAUUCCUUGAUUUUGUACAUAAUUUACUUACUGUAACAAAGUCUUGCACUGAGUAUUGAUAUUUGAUACGAUUUUUCUCAUUGUACUGUUAGCUACUUGAGUAGUUUGGCUGUGUCGAAUAUAAUCUUCUACGACCAGGAA